UGUCAAGCAGAUAUUUUACACUCAGUUCUCCUCUGUUUUCCCCUGUUUUUCUUACAUGGCUGAGCUUAUGGAUGAUGCCGAGUUUUGGCUGCCGCCCAAGUUUUUAGCGGACGACGAUGGGAUUAUGAUGAAAGGGAACCUUAAGAACGAGAACGGUGGAAAAACCGGUGCUGAGUCAUGGGCAUUUAGUCAUGGUUUCCCCUGUGAGUUUCCUUACGAGUUUGACUCGUUCUCAGCUCUGAGCUCCCCUGUUGAAUCCGUUGUAGAGUCGAAGGAGACGGAGAGCAGUGACGAGGAUGAGUUUCUCUCUGGAUUGACUCGCUGUCUCGCUUACUCCUGGAGUCAGAAACUCACUGUUCCCACUCUUUACCGGGACAAAAACGAGAAAAAAGUAGCUUUGGCGAGUUCACCAAGGUCGACUCUGAGUGGACUCGGGUACUGGUCAUCUUCAAGUAACAAUAGCCCCGUUGGACCAUCCCAAGUUCCGUCUCCGUCAACAACACCAUUCUGUGCUCAAAACGACACUUGGGAUCUCAUUUAUGCGGCAGCUGGUCAAGUUGCAAGGCUCAGAAUGAGCAAUGAAGUCCCCAAAUACACCAACUUCAGCCAUGGAAGAGCCUUACCCAAAGCUCAAAAUCAGACAAAUCAGUUUAAUGGAAGACAAGUGAAGGCGAGUAACUGGCAGGCACAAGUUCAACAACAACAACAGCAGCAGAUUCAGGGUAGGAUAAGGAAUAAUGUUGUAGUGUUGCCUCAAUCUUCAUGGCCACCACUUCAAGUUCAGUCUCAGCCUAAGCAGCCUCAGAACCACCCUGGUUCCUGCAUGAGACCGAUGUUCAUCCACGGAUCCGGUGGCGUUAAACGCGAGUGCGCCGGUACCGGUGUCUUCAUCCCUCGUAGAUAUAACACCAGCACCACUACUGAACCUAGAAUGAAAUCAGGUUGCUCGACAGCGUUACUUCCAGCAAAUGUUGUCCAAGCACUAAAUCUCAACUUCCCUGAUACCACCAACCGUCACGGUCAGCCUCGAUUCAAUCCCGGUUUCGCAUCAAACUAUGGUAACCCCACCAUGUCUGAUGCAUUGGUAGCAAGAGGAAAUGCAUUGUUGACACAAGCAGGAAGAAAUUACAGACAAGAAGGAAGCAUAAAUCUACCUCAGGAAUGGACUUACUGA